AUGAAGAAAUAUUUGAAAUUAAAGAUCUGGUAUUUCUUAACAAAAAGACUCGAUUUAUUUGAGUUUCAAUUUGUUAUUCAUAUUGUUCUUGGUACUUGUUGCAUGUCUGAUGAUUUUGAAGAUGAUAAGUCUUUGAGCAUGGAAUUUCAGCAUUAUUUCAUGGAAUUCCAUUGGAAUUCCUGCAUUAUUUCAUGGAAUUCCAUUGGAAUUCCAGUUGCAAUGGAGUCUGUAAUUUAUAUAGCUACCCAACUUGAGCCUGGAAUUGGCCAAGAAACAGUUGGUGUGGAAGCUAGCCCUAGCCCUAUUCCUGUAGUUGAUGAUACGCCUGCUGACCCUACUGUUGCUGGACAAACUGCACAUGUGGAAGCCAAUUCAAAAAAAAAAGAGUAUGUGCAAAGGUCAGUAGUGUGGGAUCAUUUUGAAUCGAUCAAAGAUGGCAAAGGUGUUAUUAUGCAAGGAAAAUGCAAAUAUUGUGCUCGUAUAUAUAACUGCAAUGCUAAAAAGAAUGGGACUUCCACUCUCAGGACUCACAUGAUGAAAUGCACUAAACACCCUCACUCUAUGGAAACCAGACAAGCUCUUCUUUCUUUCCAACCUGUGUCAAAUGUUGGUCUUGCUGGUGGUUCUGAAAUGUUUAGUCUUACUGCUUGGAAGUUUGAUUAG